AUGGGUGACGGCUACGCCUUCCACUGGAGCGGUCGCCACAAGGCAGAGCGACGGGACGCGGGCGUUGUCUUUGCCAUCCAAAACGACAUCAUUGAACGACUGCCCUGUCUGCCGCAGGGCAUCAACGAUCGCCUGAUGAACCUCCAUCUGCCUCUCCAGGGAGGCCAAUUUGCCACCAUCAUCAGCGUCUACGCCCCGCCUAUGACCAGCCUUGACGCUGAAAGGAACAAAUUCUACGAGGACCUGCACGUCCUCCUGAAGUCUGUGUCGAAGGCGGAUAAGUUGAUUGUGCUUGGCGACUUCAACGCCCGCGUCGGCACAGACCAUUCCGCCUGGAGAGGAGUGCUGGCUCCCCAUGAUCUCAACAGCUCCAUUGACAAUGGUCUGCUCCUUCUGCGAACACCUGGAGAACACCGUCUCACCCUGACCAACACCUUCGCCAUCUGA